AUGGGAAACACAGCUGAGCCAACCUUGGCCCAACUCAUGGCCGCGAUCCAAGGCCUUACCAACCGUAUGACCCAGCUUGAGAACCAGCAGAACCAAGAGACCGAGAGCACGACCGAGAGCACGACCGAGAGUAGUACCGAUCCGGCUCGCGCAACCCUAACCAGAACGGCUGCAACGGCAACGGACAAGCCCGUGAUCAAAACGAACCACACCAAAACCGCGACGGCCCAUACAACGGCCCAAGACAAUGCCCGAACCGAGAAGAAUACGAGCCAUGGCACGGUGGAAAGAGUUUGA